CAAAGGAAAUCCCUCCCACUUGAAGUCCAUUCACUAGUCAUGUACGAGCAACUGAAUUUCAGUCACUAUCAAGCAACCUGAAACAAUCGUUAUUUUCACCGAAGUAGCACAUUUAUUGUAACUAAUAUGUCCUCCAACAACAUGUCGGAUCCCAGGAGACAAAACAAGAUACUACGGUACAAGCCCCCCACCACGGAGACCAACCCCACACUGGAGGACCCCACGCCAGACUACAUGAACCUGCUGGGCAUGAUCUUCAGCAUGUGUGGGCUGAUGCUCAAGUUGAAGUGGUGCGCCUGGAUCGCCGUCUACUGCUCCUUCAUCAGCUUCGCCAACUCCAGGAGCUCUGAGGACACCAAACAGAUGAUGAGCAGCUUCAUACAUCGCGAGCCAGCGGAGUUUUUCCUUCUUCGGGUCCAGUGGUAAAAAAUGGCCGGUCCUCUGGAAGUGCGGGUCAUUGUGAGGAAUUGAGGGGUCAGAGGGUGAAGAAGAGGAUGAGGACGACGAUCAAGAUGGCAACCAGCACAGCGAUGGCACACCACUGACGCCGACCUGCCCCACAACACAGGAAGUGGUCACAACGGCUGUGUGCGUGUGUGUGUGCGUGUGUUUGCGUUCGUUUGUAUGCAUAUGUGUGUUCGUUACGCACUGCUGGUCAUGUGCGAGACCUUCUCCAGCUUCUUGAGCACAGAGUCCAUACGGGUCGACGUCUGGUCCAUCUCAUCCGCAAAGUCUCCCAACAUGCUGGAAGGAAGCGUGAAGAUUUAAAAAAAAUAAUAUUAUACAAUUCCGACUUUAUUCUCAC